UCCGCCCCCCAACGACACAUCCAACAAACGCCUCCAAGCCGAAAACAACUCAUUGCUCUCGCCGUGAACUGUCGGGCACCGCACGGCAGACAUGGCGGCGGCUCCGCUAGCCCACUUCGACGAGGACUGGCAGGACUUCAACGAGUUCAAGGAGGCGUCCGCGCAGCUGGACCAGCUCAACUCCAACGUGGCGGUCGACGACGGCGGCGGUUUGGCGGCGGGGGGCCUGGAAGAUCUGUCCGACCUGGACAACAGUUUUUCCGGAGAGAUUUGCAGCUUCCAGUCCAUGGAAGACCUGGUCCACGACUUCGACGAAAAGCUGACUGUGUGCUUCCGCAACUACAACACCACCACGGAGCACAUAGCCCCCAUUAAGCCCAUCACGGAGGAGACUUACCUGAAAGACGACGAGGUGUGGAACGCUUUGACGGACAACUACGGCAACGUGAUGCCAGUGGACUGGAAGACGUCGCGCACACGCUUGCUUCACCUGCCCACCCUCAACCUCAACGAGCGCCAGAAGUUUGACAGCCAGUCGUUGGAUCUGUCGGACGAUGAGGAGCUGAGGGAGCAGAUGGACAUGCACUCCAUCAUCGUCUCCUGCAUCAACGACGAGCCACUCUUCACCGCUGAACAGGUGAUCGAGGAGAUUGAAGAGAUGAUGCAAGAGUCUCCGGACCCGUACGACGACGAGAGCCCUUCCCAGUCCGACCUGUCCAUGCUCUCCCAGGACCUUCAAGGCCUGAAACGCUCUGGCUCUGACACCAGCUACAGGGACCGUUUGCGUCGGCUGUCCAUGUCGGAGCUGAACGAGACGCUGGAGGGGGUGGAGACGGCCAUCCGCGGCUACAGCGAGGAGCUCAUCCAGGCGCUGGCCCUGCGGGACGAGCUGGAGUAUGAGAAGGAGGUUAAGAACAGCUUCAUCUCGCUGCUCAUCGACGUGCAGAACAGGCAGAAGGAGCACCGUGAGCUGCUGCGCAAGAAGAAGAAGAUCCGCGGCGCAGGCGUGACCGCGCUCAACGGCCAGCGGACCGCCAGCACGCACGUCCCGGGCACGCGCCUCACUCUGGAGGGACUCUCCAAUGUCAUACAAAAUGGCUUCCGUCAAACUUUUGGUACCACAGGAGGGGACAAACAGUACCUGACCACAGUGAUCCCCUAUGAGAAGAAAAUGGGCUCCCCUGCCGUCGAAGACCUCCAGAUCCUGACAAAGAUCCUUCACGCAAUGAGAGACGACAGCGAGAAGGUUCCUGCCCUGCUCACAGAUUACAUCCUCAAAGGUACACACACGCACAUACACACCCACUUGAAGCUGUUUCUUUCUUUCUGGUUCUCCAAAAGGGAUUUUCCACCCACUAGCCACAACAUUAGCUACAUCCGUAAGACAUCCAAAGCAAGAGCUGAAUUGAAAAAAAAAAUCCUUUCCAAAUAUAAAUAAGAUCAUAGAAGAGAAUGCGCAGAUCUCCACUAAGGUAAACAUUGUGUAAUCGUGGUGAGGUCUUCACUCAGCGAUUCAUUGAAUGCUAAUCAGGAGGAAAAAGAGAGCAGAAACCUCCAUCAGGAGAAGUUGUAAUUCUUUGUUGCCAUCAUUUUUCUAACCCAGUCUUGUAGAUGGCAUUGUUGAGCAUAAAAAAAUAAAUUGGGAAAUUGACAAGUGAAUCUACUGCUUUUGCACACAUUACAAAAUUGUGUGGAAUUGUCUUGAGUGAGAUAUUGUUCGAUAGGUUGUGCACGUGCACCUAAUUCUGAAAGCAGUUGUUCCUUUUGUAAAAUUUGGCGUGCUCCAUUUUUUUGCCAGUUUCAAGUGCAUUUGGUACGACAUUUUCAGUCCCCGAAAAAGAAAAGCAUUCCAAAUCCUUUAUGAAGUUCCGACAUUGCAAGCCAAUGGAAGUGUGCGGCUCUUGAGCCUGCUCUUGGUUGAUGUGGUUCAUGAGAGUGAGUGGAAGGGAUGGUUUAUCGGUGCGCUCGCCCCACUUUGACUGUACCUUCCUUCCUUGUGUCUCGCCUGUGCCGCUGCUUUGUGCUUUGGCCAGCUCUGGUAUGAGAGCGGUUGGACGCUGAGGUUUGUAAAGGACGCUGACUCUUCACCUCCCACUCCUCUCUUUCGCUCUCAACUUGGGCUGGGCGAAAAUAAAAUCUCUGCAUUUUUAAUCGACAAAAACGAGUCUGCUUUCACAGAGAACUUCUGAUAUUGUUUAUUGUUUAUUGAGUUUGUUUAUUGAACAUAAAACAUAUACAGUAAUAAUUUGACAGAAAAUAAGGUAGAUAAAAAAGUAAAAAAGAGAUCGGUCUUCAUUCAACACAGUUAUUAUGUUCAAGGAGAUUUACUGAAGAGAGGCGGACAUUUUGAAGAUUUGGGCAGUUAAGUAGGGUCAAAAUGAUGAAUCAAUUGUCCAAAUAUUUUUUUUAGUAGUAGUGAAUUUGUAUGAAUCAAUUGUUCAAAUAUCCUUUUUAGUAGUAAGUCAAUUUGUUGUUGAUUAAUUGAUUAAGUUUGGCCUAUUUUUUAUUUUAUUCUUAAAUAUUAGUUUUUAUGCGUACCGGUACUUGUGAAGCUAGUUAGAAAAUUAAUUCAAUUAGAAAAAAAAAAUCCCCAAACGUUUCAAUGUAAUUAAUUUAAGAGCUGUAAUUUUAGUACCGCAAAACAAUAUUUUUGCUGACAAUAAUCAAAGUGUUGGAGUCCGACCCCGGCCCAUGACAGUAUCCAACGCGUCGCUAACGACAGCUUUUGCUCAAUAUAUAGUAAAUAGGCACUUUUUCUUUUAGGUCAAUGUGAUGGACUCAUCAAUUGCUUGCCACCAGACUCCUUUUUUUGGUCAGACAAUAUGAGAAUAAUUCCACUCAUGUUGUCAACUUAUUUCAACUAAGGAAGCCGCUAAACCUAUUUUUUCCCCACCCCCCCCCAAAUCAUCCCGAGCAACUAAAAAUAGUUGUUUAAAAAAAUAAUUAAAUCGCCCAGCCCUUGCUCUCAAGUUUGUCUGCUUAGUUGCAUUUUGUCCCCUUUCAUCUCCUUCCCCACACCGGAAAUACCGGCGUAACACGGCCCCUUUAGCAGCCAGUAGCCAGUAUCACCUCACCUAUAGUCUUCCUCUUCUCAUCUCACGCUUGUCAAGUCUUUGUGGUAACGCCCCACCAAAUUCAACAUUUCAACCCUCUUGUGCUGUGUUUGCAGUUCUCUGUCCCACGUAAAAAAAAAAGUGUCCAGAACCUCCCUGGAGCAACCCCUCAAAGAACCUUCUGGAAAGUUGGAUCUUUUAAACAAAAACUUUCUUACCAUAUCAUGAUUUUACCUGGAUAUCGAGUUGGACAAUCCCGAUUCUCUGUGGAUGUUAACCAGUAUUACUAAUCGCCCCCAAGUGACUCCUUGUUUUUAAUGUUCUUCAAAUGAAACGCAGUCUGGGCUUUUUUUUUUUUGCGUCCAGUAGAGAUUUCAGGUGGCACCAAACUGACCGUGUCAUCCAUCAAACUCUGCUAGCCACUGGCUGAAUGUUGAAAGAAUAUUUUUUGUCUAUAAUGCACGAAAGAGGAAUAAGAAAGGAAAGCCAGACGAACAUGUACGACCCACAUGAGUGGGUGCCCACCGACUCCCUCGUACCUUACACAUCACUUAUAUGCUAGCUAGCAAGCAAACGCAGUGGCUCGGCAGAGCCGUUAACUUUCGGUGUUUAGUUAUUUCCACACUUUAGGUAGUAUGUGGUCGCACUUUUUGUCUAUGAUGUGAUCUACUCACGUUGCGUAUUUGUUGAUUAGCGCAAGAAAAGCUUUUAGCUAGUUAGCAUGUUAGUACGUGAUCUUUGUAUGCUACCUUAGCCAAAAUUUUGGCACUUUGACCAUCGUUGUCAGAGCUCACCUCCGAGUUUUUAUUAUUAUUAUUUUUUUCACAGAGCAAUUGAACAUAUCACAAGGGGUCCGUGGUUUACGGAUGAUAUUUAACGAGUUUGUGCGGUGGCUAAGAUUGCAUGGUCAAGUAGCACAAAACAGCAUUCAUUCUUCAUAUGUAAGAGUUUUUAUUUGAUUGUUUUGUAUUCUUGGCCUUUAAAUCUUUUUCAAAAAUAUACAUACCGAUAAUUUCUUGAGGCGACGUCACCAAUACAGAUUUUUACGGUACCACGCUCACUACCCAAGUUCAGUUAGGCUAUAUUCUACUUUUUGGUACAAAACAGUUGCAUUUGAUCUUUUGCAAACUGUUUAUACUUAAAAAAAAUCAAACCUAAAUAAAUGUUUUUUUUCAAAGCCUGGGUAAAAAUGUUUGGGCAAUGCAGGGCAUUCUGUGUCUUAAAAUAAAUAAUUUGUUUCACUGUGGUGACCCUUGAUUGGACAAGGCAAAACUAUGUGCAACACAUUUAAAUUUGAGUCAAGAUUUAAUUGUAGAGAUAUUAAAUACUUAAAAAAAUAUUUUGCGGAAUAAAAGCUGUUUUUGAUGAUUACUUGGCCUUUACCUCAGUACUGUAUUUUAAUGCUGGUCAUGAUGGAGGUACUUUUUUUUGAAGGCGCUGUUGUGUUUAAAAAGUUUCAGUCAUACUGAGAGUUUUGUAGGAGAAACACUAAAAUCUCUGAACUUGAUAGCGAGCCUUGCUGAACACCACCAAUUUCGCUCUAACUACAGCUGUGAUUUACGGUCAGUACAGUAUUAUGUUAACAAUUGUACGUAACAUGCAAUGUGCUGUAAUCGAUCACAAAUGAAAAACACUUUUGCCAGGCCAUGAAUUUAAAACGAACAAAAAAAAACACUGGUAAGUACAGCACUAACAGCAUGCUUUCUUUUGAUGUGUGACCAUUUACUCUUACGCCCUUCAUAAAUGCAAAACGUUGGAUAAUGGGAUUUUCGUAAAUUAGGGAUUUUUUUUUACAUAGUGGGGAACUCGAAGGCACUCUCAGGUACGACCAUUAGCAUCUUCAGUCGUAUUACAUUUGUUAGUAAAAUCUUGUAAAGUCCUCAAGCGUAUCUCCAUCUAGUCAACUUUAUGUUCAGAUUUCCGAAGAAGGGAGGAAGAAAAAAAGGAGGCGCCUAUUGACGUUUAGGUGUGUGCGCUUCAACGUUUUUAUCGGGAAUGAAAAAGACAAAGUGCUUGCUUGAAUGGUAUUUUGUGUAAACUGACGUGCCGCCUGCACACUUUUCUGCCGCACGUUGUGUGUCUUUUCAUUCGAUUCGAUUUCUUGGACUGUUCUUGUAGCCGUCUGAAAAUUUCAAAGUCUUAUUUUGCCGACUGACACGUGAAAUCCAAAUCAGGUCCAUUUUAGAUAAUGAAAAUAGUUUUGAUGUAAUCUGGUAAGAAAAGAUUUUAGUUUUCUAAUGAAGCCUCAAUCUUUGGUCUCAAGUACAAUUUUACAGAUUUAUAUUUUAUAUGCAAAGACCAGCAACAGUCAGACUUUGUAAAAAAAAAAAGAUUUCUACAUUAACUUGACUGCUUUUUAAUCGUUUUUAAUGCAUAGGAUUCCACCCCUGUUUGGGUAUGUUGGUUUACUGUUUUACGUGGUACUGCAGUAUAUUAAUUUAUUGUGUUAGUGUUUUUUUUUUUGUGACCAUGUAUUGACUGUAAUUGGCAGCAUUGCACCUCAUUUCAAAUAAAUGACUAUUUGAAGAACUAUC